AUGCAUCUACUUCCCCUCUUGACCACAGUCCUUCCUUUCAUGGCUUCCCUAUCAUCAGCCACCCCACUCAAAAUCGCCACCCGUCAGACAGCCUCAAAAGUUGCCGUCGGUGCAGUGAUCAACAGUUGCAUGGUCCCAGGCACAAUCGCACUUACAUUCGACGACGGUCCUUGGGAAUAUACCCAUACGCUUCUCGACACGCUCGCCGAGUACGACGCCGUUGCCACAUUCUUCUUAAACGGAAUCAACAAAGGCAGCAUCACCUCUUACCCGGACAUACUCCAACGGGCCGUGGCAGAAGGCCACCAACUCGGCUCACAUACUUGGAGCCAUCCAUACCUCGAAACCCUAGACCACGCCGCAAUCCUCUCGCAAAUGACCCUUCUCGAAGACGAAUUCGUGCAAGUUCUCGGCUACUUCCCCUCUUAUAUGCGCGUUCCAUAUCUCUCGUCCAAUGAUGCGAUCCUAGCCGCCAUGGCCGACUUGGGGUAUCAUGUUAUUGGCGCGAGCAUCGAUACAAAGGACUAUGAGAAUGACGACGGGGGUCUCAUUUGGAAGAGUUUCGAGAAAUUUCGUCUCGAGCUUGAUGCCGGUGGCUCGAUUGUGUUGUCACACGAUACACAUUUUCACACCGUUGAGACGUUGGUGGAUAAUAUGCUGCAGGAGAUUAAAUCAAGAGGGCUGAAGGCUGUUCCUGUUGCCGAGUGUCUCGGAGAUUCAGACAACUGGUACCGCACUUCGCGAUAG